AUGGAUGGCGGUCAUCAUGGAAGCUACUACUCUCCUUAUAAUCAUAAUGAUCCGCCGGCUAGUAACUCAGGGACGCCGCCGGAAGACAGCGGCGCCUCCGCCAGAGUAUAUGGUGUUAGCAACCCGUCGGAGUUCCAGGUUUCGGAGUUCUUCGGGCUUGAUGAUUGGAUGGAUGUAGAUCCGUGUACGUUAAUGAUGGGUUCACAGUCAGUUGGCUUUGCCCACCAAACUACUUGGCCUCUUCGUGAUGAAAUGGCUGGAACCAACAACAUUCAGCAACAUGAAAAUACUGAUACAAGGGAGACUGGAGACAGUGGGGGGAGUACUACUACUGGUGCAAGUGGAAAGGGGAAGAAGGUAGUGAGGGAAAAGAUUGCAUUCAAAACCAAGUCAGACAUUGAAAUUCUAGAUGAUGGCUUCAAAUGGAGAAAGUAUGGCAAGAAAAUGGUGAAAAACAGUCCUAACCCAAGGUACACAUUUUCUCUCUUCAUCGAUCAAGUACAGAAUAGUUUCAUUUGA